AUGUUGAUCAAUUCUAUCGCUCUGCUUUCUGCAGCCUCUCCAUUGAUCCUCUUCAUCACCUUCGUUACCUGCAUUUCAACAACCACUCCAGCCCAACCUUUAGAAAUUUGUGCGACGUUUAACUGCGGACAAGGAACAUGCAAGGCUUCAGAGUCUAAAAUAGAGGGUUUUUAUUGCGAGUGUUAUCCUGGUUGGAGAAGUGUACAAGUUGGUCCUUUCUCCUGGCCCGCCUGCGUUCUUCCUAAUUGCAGCCUUGAUUUUAAAUGUGGAUCUCUAGCACCAAUACCUUCUCCUUUUCCUUCUCCUUCUCCAGCUCCUACUCCUGCUUCUGCUUUUCCUCUGCCGAUAUCAGAUUUAUUUAGCCCUUGUGGUAUUAUGUGGUGUGGAGAUGGAAAAUGUUUGGCCAAUGGAACUGGCCACAGUUGCCAAUGCUACAAAGGCGCGGACAAUUUGUUCAGUUUGCCGGAAUUACCUUGUUUUAGACCAUGUUAUUUGGGAUCAGAUUGUAUCGGUAUUGGUUUCGACGAACCACCGAAAUCACCAGUACUGCAUCCACCACCAUCACCUUAUAAUUUGCCGCUGCAGCCACCGCCGCCGGCAGAUUAUUUACAACAGCCACCACCACCUACUUUUGACAACAAUUCAAGUGAAACAUCGAAUUGCUCCAAGAACAUUGGGGGACUCACCAGGAUAGUACUAGUAGUAGUAGUAAUGGUAGCAACCCUGUUAAUGUUUCUGUAGAGAAAUGUCACGUACAAUAAGCUUAUAUAUUACAGUAUUUCUUGUGGUUC